CAAUCGAGCAACACGCCUUAAUGGCCCAAGCAGCCACCGAGGCUCUGCGACGCGCUUCCGAGGAAGCCUUUGAGUUCGCACAAGAACACCCCGUGUACACUACCAUCCUGGCUCUGGGAGUGUUUGUGGCCCUCAUGCCGUGGGUGCUAGAGGUGCUUGGGUUCGCCGAGUUGGGCCCGGUGGAAGGGUCAUUUGCGGCAUGGUGGCAAAGUCGGUAUGCGGGAUAUGUGCCGAAGGGGUCUCUGUUUGGUUUCUUUCAGAGACUGGGGAUGGUCUGGCAUUAAUGUCUGAAGCUAGAAAUCUGUGAAUGGGUGGCGAGGGAGCGGUUUAGGACGUUGAAAGUGAUUAAUUGAUGAUGGUUGUAUGCUGGGUUUACAGUGUUCACACCGGCUGUGCUUCGUACGGAGAAUAGUGCACCGGUCGGCUCUUGCGGGUAGUGCCUGUGGUGGUCUGAGACUAGGCUGCAUGAAUCUGC